CAUCACAUUUUCAACCACCUGAAAACCUACACGACGGAAUACGUAUUAUUUCCAAGAAGUUAUUGAAUUCAACAAAAAUCUUAUCAGUACAGUAAUAAAUUAAUUAAUGGAAGUUCAAAUGAACUGUUUGAAUUAAAUUUCUUAUUUUCUUGGUAAGACACUGAAAGUACCGUAAUGUCUCAAGGUAAAAGCGGUGAUAAAACUAAAACUCAAGCAAAAUCUACACUUGAAUCAAAAGGAAAGCUUGGAGCUACUGCGAAGGAGCAAAAAAUAGUAAAUGUUGUAGCCGAUAAAGUUUUGAUAGACUCAAAGAAAAGCAAGAGUAAGACUAGCAUAUUCAGUUCUCUCAAUCAGAAGCUUUUUGGAAGAAUCAAGCUGCCAUCUGCACUUGAGAAGUAUAGGCCUAGACCGUUGAAUUAUCAUUUCAACACUAUGACUAAUUAUGGAAGAGCUAAUGUGUCUAAAGCAACUUUGGGGACUUUACUCUUGUUUAUUUUAUAUGUCAGGCAUAAAAAAAAAGCCUCUAGACAGAGAAGUAGCACAGCCCACGGAGAAAAUUGAAACAAUUUUUUAUUAAUCCUGAUGAAUAAAAAUCUGCUAAUUAUGAAAAUCAUAAAGUAUAACAUCUUUAAAUUCUUUAAUCUGUUUUUAAAUAUUAACAAAAUGACAUUUCUAACUUAGUUCACGCAUACGAACUUAUUAAUAUUUGGACCGAGAAAGCGUAAAGUUGCUGAAAACGGACUUCAAGACAAAAGACUAUUGAAUUGUUCAUAAACAAUAUUAUAUCCUACUGGAUAGGAAUCAGACAACAAUAUAGUCGCAUGGGUUCCAAAAAAUCGCACAUGACAUGAAGAUUCCAUGUCUAUAUUUGAUCUGAAAACCUUAGAGUAGCCUACAUCUAUUUCUGAUUAAAUUCCAAAAAGGAUCCAAACUUAUAAAUCAAUGGAUGGCGAGUCAGAGAUAGCAUGUUAUUAAACUGUUUAUGUGAUAUUAUCAAACUACUGUUUCAUAAGAUUUAGAUCACAACGAUUUUCAAAAUUUUACACUUUUCUCUCAAUGUUUAUUACUCAUCUAAAAUCAAUCAUUAAACUUAAAUAAGAAACAGGAACUUUUAAUAAAUAAUAAAAAUAAACAUCAACAAGAAAAUUAAAAUCUUUAUUUUCAUAAUAACAACAUGUCUCUUCACACCCGUGAAACAAUUAAAUUAAAAUAGCACAAAUAUAAUUGAUAAAUAUAUAUAUAAUAUACAAAACUGAACUACUGACAAUUUAUACUCAUGCUGAUUUCACACAUUCCUUCAAAAGAAUAAAAAAUAUAUAUCAUGAAUCAAUUUCAAAUACCAAUAACAAAUUAUUUUCUUCACGGCAAUAACAAAUUAUCACAAUACAAGAAUUAAAUGAUACCAAUUAAUUGAUAUAAAAUACUUGAUAAAAGUAAAGGAUAUUUGUAUAUAUAAAUGUAUAUAUUAUAAACUGUAUAUAUUCAAUAUCAUAAAUAAAUCUUUCUAUAAAUUUAUGAUAAAAUGCUGUACAUUUUCUCAAUUACAGUAUAUAUUUUUAUAAAUUACUCUGGAAAUAAAAUAUAUUUUUUGAAACG